AAUCCAAAGAGGUCGAGGAUGAGCAAGGUUUUGAUGUUAUCCCGAAUUAAUAGCAAGGAACAAUCAUCUAUAACCAUACAAAAUCGUUUGUAUUGGAUUUUGGAUUCAUCACAUUUGCAUUUGCGCGGUAUACAACCUUCCCCUUUCCUUUGGUCUGGUCUGGUCUGGUCUGGUUCUCUUUAUUCUUCACUAUAACUUCAUACAACCUUCCUUCCUUCCAAAGCAAAUUCACUUCGAUACCUAUACACGGUCCUUAAAGUCCCAUUUCAGCCUUUGCUCCUUGAUACAGGCAACGGCCGUUUUUUGCCUACCUUGGCUUGUCUUUCCACCCUCAUCGUUACAUGAUAAAUAGUAACCAGCAACACCAACAACUCUGUUUUUUUACGACCGUACGAUCGUAUUCACGAAGUCCCUACUUGCUUCCUUUUACCUACCACUUUCAACAACAAUACAACCAGAUAAUAUUAAUGUCAUCGAUCCUAAGGUAGCUUUCGUGGAGCUACGAAAAAUUUACGUUUAUCAGAUCGACCAAACAACGCCACGCGCAUGAGAGCUAUUGUCCAUUCUUGUUCGAAGUUCAAAGGAACCAACUAAGGAUAUCUCUUUUACCAAACCAGUUCGACCACAAUCGAAAACCAGAAGCUCUGUUGACUUCAUGGCGAGAACAUCAUAACAAACAAAAAUUCGCAAUUUGGGUCUACUUCCUCCUUUCACCAUCUUACACAAUGCCCUCCUCUAGGAAGGAAUCGAUCAAUCCUUGUAUCACGAAUCAACUUUGUCAACUCAUCUACUACCACAUCGACAAUAACCUCCUCGGGAACGCAUUGUUCUUCGCAGAACGAUUGCAUGCAUACACCCCGAAAGGUCCCGAAUCCUCUUACCUUCUUUCCUUGUGCUAUUUGCGACUUGGCGAUUAUGCUUCCGCUUUUGAGGUUGUGAAGAGCCCAAACACUCGAUCAGGGCAUCUUGGCUGUGCAUACAUCUACGCGCAAGCAUGUCUUGCAUUGGGAAAGCUUAAAGAAGGAAUCUUGGCAUUAGAAAAGAAUAGAGGUUGCUGGGGGGCACAGAACUCGUUUGGUAAACAUACACAAUACUCACGACACCCCGAUCCUGACGCAUCUGCGGUUUGUUGUUUACUGGGGAAGCUCUACCGCGGUUUUGAUGACAAAAAGCAGUCGAUCGGUUAUUUUGAAGAGGCGCUGAAAUUAAAUCCAUUCAUGUGGGAUGCAUUCACUAAUCUUUGUGAUAUGGGUACAAGUGUUAGGGCCUCGAGUACUUUCAGGAUGAGUGUAGAGAUGGAGGCAAUACUGAAAUCGAAUACACAAGAUCGGGACGGGCCAAUGGAAACAUUGUCAGUGGAGGAACCUAGGCCAACCCGACCCAGUGCACGAUCCUACCAGAGUGACCCUACAGAUCCUUUCAAUAAUAAUGCUUCGUCUCGAUCAUUUGCGGGUGGACUUUUUGGGUCACUUGCGACUUCCGCAUCAUCGAAACUCGCCGAAAGCAACCCGAGUCUUACAAACCUCCCCGCGACUGGAGGUGUCAGCAUUAGCUCUGAUACAAUGGAAACGCCUACUGGACCUAGCGCCCCUCUCGAUUAUACCGUUGCACCUAGUCGAAAAGACAACAGUGUGGCAUCUGCAUUUCCCAUCAACAUGGAACCCCCACAGGCCCCCGUUCGCAGAAAUCGGACUUUACAGGGCCUUGGUAUGGAUUUUAGUAUGGAUGUUCCCAAGAUGGGCCGAUCCAUGACUUCAAAACGACUUCAGAAAGCGGCUGCUGAAAUUUCGGAAGACAGUAGCGCGGGACAUAAUUCUCGCCACAACUCUGUUACGGUACCAGGUGGGGAUAGGAAACGAACGGUAUCCGGACAAGUAGUACCCCGACAACCUUCGGAAGAUCCUGGAGCACCUCAGAGAAGAAGUGUUAGGUUGAUCAACCAAUUCCGACCGACAAGCACCAAAUCCUCCAGCAAUCUUGCGACUGUGGGGCCUGCCCCUGGAAGAGAAUUAAAGAAAGCUAGACCUCCGAUAUCGAAAAUGAUGCGUCCGACUGGGUCCUCUACGGCUGGCAGACAGGUCAGUGGUAAUCGAAAACCAGUGGAAGAUUCUAUGGAAUUAGACCAAAGGGAAGGAGAGACAAGACCUCGGGUAUCCACAAAAUCUUUUGGUACUAGAUCAUCAGAAUCGAACUCUGGAACCCGAGAGGAAGCUUUGAGAUGGCUUCUCGAUCUGUUCAAGAAGUUUGGGACUGGUUAUUUUCUACUUGCAAGAUUUCAAUCUCAUCAGGCCUUAGAAGCGUUCUCUACACUGUCUACUCAACAGCAAGAUACUCCUUGGGUUUUGUCACAAAUGGGUCGUGCUCAUUACGAACAAGGGUCGUAUACUGAAGCGGAAUUCUUGUAUAGACGAAUUCGACAGAUAGCACCAACACGCUUUCAGGAUAUGGAGAUUUAUUCUACUGUGCUGUGGCAUCUGAAGAAAGAAACUGAUCUGGCUUUCCUAGCCCAUGAAUUGGUGGAUUCUUCGUGGCAAUCGCCAGAAGCUUGGUGUGCGCUUGGAAAUUCCUGGUCGCUCAUGCGAGAUCACGAACAAGCUUUACGGUGUUUCAAACGCGCUACACAAUUGAAUCCUAAGUUUGCUUAUGCUUUUACACUUCAAGGUCACGAGCAUGUUAUGAAUGAAGAAUAUGAUAAAGCACUUACUUCAUAUAGACAUGCAAUGGCUGUUGACAGGCGACACUACAAUGCCUACUACGGAGUUGGCAAAGUGUACGAAAAAAUGGGUAAUUACGACAAAGCAUUUAUACACUUCGAAGCCGCCUCGAAGAUCAACCCAACAAAUGCGGUUCUUUUGGGUCUUAUGGGAAGUGUUGUCGACAAGAAAGGAAACAAAGGUCUAGCACUUUCAUACUUCAAGAAGGCAAUUGACCUGGAUCCAAAGUCAGCAUUGACUCGUUUCAAGAAAGCCCGCUGCUUGAUGACGAUGGGGAGAUUGGAGGAUGCCUUAGAUGAAUUGAAGAUCUUGAAAGACCUGGCUCCUGAUGAGGCAAUGGUUCACUUCUUACUAGGGAGAAUAUACAAGAGUAUGAAACAAAAGGGCGCUUCGGUCAGGCAUUUUACCAUUGCUUUAAACCUAGAUCCAAAGGCAAGUCAACAAAUUAAGGAAGCGAUCGAAAGUCUAGAGCAAGGAGAUGACGAUGAUGAUGACGAGGCCAGCAUGAUGGGCUGAUUUGAAAUGACUGUACCCGAAAUCUCGCCCACAAUGGAUCUCCUUCAAAUUACAUCGUUCUUUUUGUUUUCGCGUUGCGUUUCAAAUCAUCUCUUUCAAAGAUACCCAUUAGUUAUCGACCUAUUAUUAUCUCCAAUCAUUCGAUGGCCUUUUAAUAACAGAUGGCUUCAAUGCCCAACCUUCACUGCUCACACCGUACUUGAGUAUUCCUACAAAAACUACAAUUAAAAAAGCUGUCAACCCCACAGCAAAACAUGAUGAUACGAUACAACUGGAAGAUGAUCGGAUACGAUGGGAAAAGAUUCUUAGCAUUUGCAUUGGGUUGGCGUUCUUCUUUCCGGCAUAGUUUCUCUUCAAAGAUGAGUCAAUGGACAGUAAAAUCCUUUUCUCUUCUUGACACACAAUUUGUCGAUUGCAUCAUAUCACUACGCUAGAUUUGCUCUAGUGAUGGAUGGCCACUCUUCAGUGACCUGGAAGGGCAAUCACAGCGGGACCUAAACAUUCAGGGGCGAGGAGGGCGUGUAAAAUGAAUUAUUGUAGAUUAUAAUCAUCUCUUUCAAUACCCAUUCCGAGGGUCGUAGGCAGGGGGGGGAAGGAAGAAAAAAAGUUGAAGAUGGAAAGAAUUGAAUCACACUUUUCCACUACGA